AUGGUUGGUUCUUGCAAUGGUUUAGUUUGUUAUGCCGUUCAUGAAAGAUGGAUUGAACGUGAAAAAAUUGUCUAUAUUUGCAAUCCUUUCACCGGAGAGCACAUCCAACUUCCGAGUACUAAAUGUGCAACCUAUAACGAUUACUGGAAAAGCACGAUGAUUGGAUUUGGUUAUGUUCAUUCAAGUCACGAGUACAAGGUUGUUAGUUGUCGGUACAAUGAUUGGUGUGGAAAGGUUCAUGUGUAUACCCUCCGCUGUGGUGGUGGUUGUUGUACUGGCACUCGGUGGAGAAACAAAUCUAGCAUGAUCAAAGAAGACCUUACAUCCUACUUCAUUGGUUUACCAUCAACGACUCUUUUUACUGGUGGAGCUCUUCAUUGGUUGAACCAGCUGGACAGUCAUAAACAGACCCGUGUAGCUUUUGAUUUGGAACGUGAGACGUUUGAAUUGCUCCCAUCGUUACCUUUUAAAAUCACUGACAAUAAUCACGUCGAACUCAUGGAAUUGGGAGGAGACUUGUGUGUAAUGGAAAUAUUCCAAGUAAACAUAUCACUAAUAUAUGGGAGUUAA